UGUUUAACAAUCACCCCAAAAUUUGUUUUAAAAAAUUGAAAGUCUGCUUUUACAUUGGAACUUGUAGAUUCUUUAAAAUGCAACCUUGAUCUCCCUGUGAACAUCAUCUGAAAGCAAAAGCAUUAAACAACCGUGGAUUGUUCCCUUACCCCUGCCAGAAACACGAGCACUUCAAGGAAUUAUACAUCACACAAAAGAAGCCACAUUUAAUGCGACUGAAAGAUGUGGAGGUUAGAAAGUUGACUUUCCGGUUUACGGCCCCAAGGUUUGGACUAAUCCAAAUAGCUCCUGGAAUCUCAGGGGAAAACAGGAAGCACUCUUUUGUUCCUCAUCUGUCUCCUGUUUUUGCCUUUAGGAAGCCUUUCUUCCCUCUUUCCUCUGAACAGAUGAAAGCCUGUUCGCAGAGAAAGAAGAAAAGCAGAGGAGAGAAUCUACGUCUACCGGAGGCUAAAGGACAGAGUACUGAAAUGGCCUGGAAAGUGUUCAGAAUUAACAUCAGCAAGUCAUCAAGUCCCAGAGAAUGCUGGAUCCGUCGCUUCCCAGGUCUUCUGAUUGACCUGGAGGAGUCUCAGAAGCUGGGGGCCCAGUUCCUGAGGUAUUAUUCCGAAAACACUGGUCAGAAGUGCAGUCGGAACUGCUGUCUUAGGAAGGAUGUGUCCUGUAACCUGGCUGUCUUCUUCCACGACCCUAUUCAUGACAAUGUCAACUGCCUCCAUGUUCACUGCCCAGCCCUGGAGAGCUGCAUACUGGAGCCUGGAGCCAGUGCCAUUUUAUAUAACAUAACAGAUGGUAUAGAUCCUGAUUUGCUGGUUUUUGAACAAUCACUGCCUACAUAUCUAAAUACCCGUUCUUCAUCUGAUACAUGGGAGAGACUAAGGAUUCUAAAAGCUAUGUAUUUAGAUAAACAACAAACCACCAUGAUAAACCAAAUGCUACCAUCAAUAGAGGCUCCGUCACCAACCACACAUCAAGAUUUGUUGGCAACCACAAAUAAUACUAGGUAUUCCAAGGAAUUGACCACAGACUCUUGGGCAAGAUUCAUUGCCCUGAAUGACUCCAUUACCACAAAGAUAAAUACGGUGUCAGCCAGUACUGACUUCAUCAACAAUCCAGAUAACAAGACUGUUUCUCCUUUCUUUGUGCCCAGAGACACAAAACUUUCUCAUAUGCCUAGUCCCUCCCAACUCAACAGCAGUAAACAAUUGCUAAACAAAACCAAAGGGUCCAACAGCAGAAACCAUACAUCUAAGAAUGAAGACUCAACACCUGGUGGGGCACCUGUGACUGGUGCAAAGGCAUGGGUGGUUCCUGUGGCCCUCUGCACCCCUGUCAUCUUUCUUUGCUCUUGUGUAGUCAUCCUGGCAUCUGGUUGCUGUCGAAAGCAGUACGGCCAGUAUAAACCAGGGCAGAGAAAGUCAGGACCCAGGCAAAUUAAAAAAUGUGCCCAUCAGAAGGAGUUCUCUUACUAAUGAAAGGUGAGAGCAUUUUGAGUAUCAUUUUUAGUUUUCUUAAGCAAUUUGGUUUAAAAAAAGGAAAAAAAUAAAGCACAGAUGCCCAUUCAUACCAAUCUCUAAAGAAGGCCAAUGUUUGAUAAACAUAACUGCUUUUUGUGAUUAUAUCCAUUUAUUGAAUAGUGUACCCUUUGCCAAGCUUCAAAAUUCUGACCCCUGCAGUUAUUCAGCACAACGUAAGAGAGACAGUUCUAAGUGCUGUAUGUGUAUCGACUUGUUGAAUAUUUAGAACUCUGUGGGUUUUCAUUAACCAUCAUACUGAUAUUUUACAGAUGAGGAAACAGGAGAAAAAAGGCUAAGUAUAUUGCUGAAAGUCACACAGCUAGUAUGUAGCAAAGCCAGAUUUCAUAGGCAAUAUGGUUCAAAGGUCCACGCUUGAAAUCCAUGUUGGACUACAAGCCUCCACUUCCCCAGUGAGUAUGGAAAAAAGAUACAGAAGAAAAACACCAUAUUUUUCUCCCAUUAAGGUCAUAUUACCAUCACAUAUGUUAAUGAAAUCUUUUAGUGGUUUGAGCAAAAAAGCUUCUUGAUCUUUUAUAUAGUUUUCAAUGUUCAAUUUAUUUAUCUUUCUCAAUCCUAAUCCAUCCUCUUCAUUUUCUAAAACAUGUCUCUCAAUGAUUAUGGCAGAGAUUUCUGAGUUUUCUGUUGAAUAAAUGUUGGGAGUUUUAGUUUAUGUUCCUCAGUUGUAUACAUUGUUUCCCCAGGGCAAAUAUUAGCUCUAGGUAUUUCAAGCU